AUGCAACUCACCAGGACCUUCCUCGCUCUCCUCGCCACCGCGACUCUUGCACUUGCCUCACCAAUUGUGGACUCUACUUCCUCGUCGCUUUCUGUCGAAUCUACAGGGACAGCUUCACUGGCCACCCAUACUGGCACCGCGGUCGCACAUACGACGGGCCAUGUACACUCACAUCACGGCCAUGCGCACAAGGAAGCCCAUAUCACCAAGCACCAUAGCACAACCGACGAUGAAGAGGAGAGGCACGAGAGGCACGUUGAAGGAAAACACAAGGAGCACGAGAAGAAAGAGGCUUCUUCCUCCCCCACAGAGACUGCAACGCUCAGCAAACGCGCCGAUCCAGCACCCACUGCAGCUGCUACUAGCACGUCGUCUGGGACGCCCACUUCAAGCGCAUGCCACCAUGUCCAUACUCUCAGCGCAGCCGAAAGACACGCCGCGGUCGAAUUUGCCAACAUGUUCAGCGACUUGAGCAAGAUUAUGGAAUGGAGUGCACACGUCAUGGCAAAGGCUCAUUAUCCUGGUCAUGGUCACGGUCACGGUCACGGUCACGGGAUGAUCAAGGAUCUGCACUCGCUUCAACGCAAGUUGCGUCGCACAGAGAUCAAAUUGGGCAAGUACCUCGCAAAGCAUGCAAAAGCCAAGUCCAACAAAUCUUCCACGACCGCUGCGAGCACGUCAAAGGUUGUGAAGAGGGAGCCCGAGCCGGGUAAGCAUCAUGGAGAGCGCCACCACCAACACAAGCACGAACAUCAUGAAGCGGAACCCGCACCUGAUGCUUAG